AUGGCUGAUGACUACGGAUACGCUACCGAGGCCGUCCCGGCCACUUCGGUCUCUGCCGAAUACAUCGACAAGACCUUCAAGUCAACCGCCAUUGAUUUGGUCUCAGCCACUCUUGGAGGUGAAGUUCUUGGCUUCUCAGACCAAUGGUUUGCUGAUGCUGCCAACUUGAUCAACCCACUUCCCCCAGUUAGAAAACCGGGGAAGAUGGUUUACACCGGUGCCUGGUAUGACGGCUGGGAGACCAGAAGACACAACACUGAGCCCUUCGAUUGGGUGGUGAUCCGCCUGGGAGUUAGCUCUGGUACUGUCGAGGGCAUUGAAGUCGACACUGCCUACUUCAACGGCAACCACGCCCCUGCCAUCUCAGUCGAGGGCUGCUUCAGCCAAAACAACGAGGAGGUCCUCUCAUGGAAGGGAGGCCGUGGUGGUUGGGAGACUAUUCUCGGGCUUCAGGAGUGCGGCCCCAGCCAGAGAUUUGGGUGGAAGUUGGAGAAUCCCACCAACAAGCAAUACACACACGUCCGUUUGAACAUGUACCCGGACGGUGGUAUCGCCAGAUUCCGCCUCUUUGGUCAUGCCGUUCCCGUCUUUCCAGAGGAUACUAAUGCCAUCAUCGACUUGGCUGCCGCCCAAAACGGAGGAGUUGCUGUCUCGUGCAGUGAUGAGCACUUUGGAACCAAGGACAACCUGAUCCUGCCUGGCAGAGGCAAGGAUAUGGGAGACGGCUGGGAGACAGCUCGAUCUCGUGGUAAGGGUCAUAUUGAUUGGACCAUUAUCAAGCUUGGAGCGCCGGCUUACAUCCAGAAUUUCCUUGUUGACACGGCUCACUUCCGAGGAAACUACCCUCAAAGGGUUGAGCUUGAAGCUAUCGAGUGGAAGGGAGAUGGUGAACUCGGGCCCGAUGCUGAGGGUUGGGUGAAGGUAGCAGAGCCGAUCAAGACUGGCCCAGAUGCCGAACACCCAGCAGACAGCUUGGUCAAGGACAAGGUGUUUACCCACGUCAAGCUCAUCAUUGUGCCUGACGGAGGCGUGAAGCGUGUCAGAGUGUUUGCGAAGCGUGCCGUUUGA